AUGUCCGAGCUCCGUUUCCUCAGGCGGAAUCUCCGCAUUCUCGUCCUAAACCCAAACUCAUCCACUAUCAUGACUGACGGCAUGGCCAACGCUAUCCGCCAAAUGUCACUCCCAGACUCAGUUGAGAUCUAUACCUACACAGCCCCUCCCCACUCCGCCCCAGACAGCAUCAACGACCAGGAGGGCAUCGACCGAAGCACGCAGGCCGUCCUCGAUGACCCCAAGAUCGAGGAGGAGCUUGAGUCGGAUAAGUACGACGGCGUUCUCGUCGCGUGCUUUAGCGUUCAUUGCUUGGUGUCAAAGUUGACUAGGUAUCGACAUCUUGCAGUGACUGGGAUUUUUGAGGCGAGUAUUCUCACGUCUCUUUCGCUCAUGGCUGCACCCGAUAAUGCAGGAAAAUGGGGGAUCGUCACUACCGGAAAGUGGUGGGAGGACCACUUGUCGCACGGCGUCAAGAACUUUCUUGGGCAGGCGAAGGACGGCGUGAAUAACAAGUUUGCUGGCGUUUUCUCGUCUGGGCUUACGGCGGGUGACUUUCACACUGUCCCUCCGGAGAAGGUAAGGGAGAAGCUCAAGGAGGCAACACGAAAGUUGCUCAAUGAGGGACAAGUGUCGGUUGUGCUCAUGGGGUGCGGUGGUAUGGCUGGUCUGGAGGAGAUCAUCCGAUCGACUGCUAUCGAGGAGUACGGCAAGGCUGACGGUAACCUUGUCUACAUCGUCGACGGAGUCAAGGCGGGCAUCAUGCAGUUGGAGCAGAUGAUCCGCAGCAAGAAGAUCUUUCGGUAA